AACACCCAUUAUCAGUAAAUACACCACCAAGCAAUCUACAAAAUGAAUUAGAAAAGUAUUUAAUAUUUCCAUUGGAAGAUAUAAUAAUUCGAAUUAGUAACGUGGUAGCAAGUAUAAAAAGAUUACCUACUUUAAGUCUAUACAAGUAG